AAAAGCCCUCCACAGUUUGCAUCCUCCGGGAGCUGCUGCCAGCAUUGCCCUAUCCAUGUCUGAGUGACUCCCUUUGCAACCUGGGCUCUACUCGGUUGCUGUUCUUUGUAGGGGGGAAAGGGAGCCGCGAUCCCAAACCAGCUGUGUAAAUGAGUAUGGAAGAUUAUGACUUUCUCUUCAAGAUAGUUUUAAUUGGGAAUGCCGGCGUGGGGAAGACCUGCUUGGUGAGGCGUUUCACUCAGGGGCUCUUCCCACCAGGCCAAGGAGCCACCAUUGGGGUUGACUUCAUGAUUAAGACAGUGGAGAUCAAUGGUGAAAAAGUCAAGUUGCAGAUCUGGGACACGGCAGGCCAGGAGAGAUUCCGGUCCAUUACGCAGAGCUACUAUCGCAGCGCUAACGCGUUGAUACUGACCUAUGACAUAACCUGCGAAGAGUCGUUUCGAUGCCUCCCGGAAUGGCUGAGGGAGAUCGAGCAGUACGCCAGCAAUAAGGUCAUCACCGUCCUAGUGGGGAAUAAGAUUGACCUAGCAGACAAAAGAGAAGUCUCACAACAAAGAGCGGAAGAAUUUUCCGAAGCCCAAGACAUGUACUAUCUGGAGACCUCGGCUAAGGAAUCGGAUAAUGUGGAAAAACUCUUUCUGGACUUAGCUUGCCGGCUGAUCAGUGAAGCGAGGCAGAAUACGCUGGUGAACAAUGUGGAAUCUCCCUUACCCGGCGAAGGAAAAAGUAUCAGCUAUUUGACUUGCUGUAAUUUCAACUGAUGUCCGGAGCCCGAGGGCCAUGGCUCUUCCUUUUUUGCAGAGGUCCGGCUCGAGAGAGGCGAUUCCGGAUGUCCUCUUGACCCAAUCCGACCAGCGGACAUAGUCAGAUGCUUGACCUUGAAGCAUGGCAGGCCGACCACUUCACCUGCGGGGUCAGCGUAGCAGAAUACAAGCUGAAUAUAAACUGGUCUUUCCCUCCUCUUCUUCUCCCUGUAACGUGGAGUCGGCUAGGAUCCGGAGGGAUGCUAGGUGUCCAAUGGCAGAAAGAAGUCGGGCCCAUUUGUUUCACUUCCUGGAAGUGACUAAGAAAGCUCCUGUUGGAAGCCACUGAACAAUGCAGGAUCUCUCUUGCACAAUAUGUUUUGUCUCUUUCAGUAAGGAAAUGGAAAUGCACAUUAACUAUAUGGCCGCUGCCUUGGGCUGCCAGCUAAGCAAAUACUUGUAUAUAAGCCCAGAGCGUUGGAAUUUUUUAAGGACACAAGUCUGUGUGUGUGUAUUUCUUUUUUUAAAAAAGUGUUAAUGUCUCCCAAGUUCAGGCACUUUUCAUUGACGCAGGAUUUAAAAAUAGAAAUGCCAGUGCUUUGAAACCGACAAGAAUGGAAAUUAGUGCUGUUUGGCGGCUUAUCCCCAGGUUAGAUUUUCAACAGAGUCCAAUUAUUGCUUGCCUCUGUUCUGUAUAGAAGCUAGAAAUUUCUCACAAAUGCACACCGAUUGUAAACAAAACAAAAGCUUUUUUCCUCUGAGUGCAAACGUACCAUAUCCCUUUUUGACAGGAUGCAUUUGAGUUGGAUAAAUCGUGGCCGCUGGAAGAGUGAGUUUGAGAUGAUCCACAUGGAGCGCUAGGUAUCGUCAAUCCAACUGGGCUUGCUUCAAGGAAGCAUUCGAAAGUUGGCAGUGCAACUCAGUAUUUCUCUACUCUUCUGCCACAUAUUUAGUGAGGGUUCCAUUCCUACCCUCUUUUUUCUCUCGUUCUAGGAAGAGACCUUAAUAAAGUGUUUUUAAUAUGAUUAAUUAUUUCAGUAGUUAGCAGAAAUAGCCCCAGGCCCAGCUGCCUGGAAUGCUGAGAACUUGGAAACACAGGCAGCGUAGGUGGCUGUCUGCUUCGAAGGAAUAUUAUAACAUUGAAGGUAUGCAGAAGAUUUGGGGACUGGUCCAAGAUAUUCACAGGUCCGCUUUGAGCAUGGACCUUCUGAAUUGGGAUGUACUGCUAGAGACGCAUUUGAGAGCCCUUGAGAUUAAAUGCUGAGAGCUUAUCUGAGGAAGGUCUUACAGGAGUUUAAGGAGAAAGAACAAUCGGUAAAGAUAAGAGCUGCCCAAAAUAACAGCGGUGACAUUGAGCAGUGUAAAGGUUUGGUACGGGGCAUGUUUUUAAAUAACAGUUCUCUCUGUGUUUGAAGAGCAUCCAGCCGCAGAAAUGUUUUCUUGUAGGGAAGCGAGCGCACAACUUCAUAGGGUUUUCCAGGCUUAGGAGUCACACAGCAGCGCAUGUUCAGAAUUUAUUAUGGCUCUUUAUGCUGGCUGUGAUCGUCUUGCAAAGCUGGGGCUUUAAGGAGCUCUCUGAAGUUGCCUUCUGGACACAGCCUUCCCCGUAAUGUAGUCGCUUGUAGGCUCCCGCAAUUAUACGUCCUCUGAUUUUCCUGCUGCUCCCUUGGGCUCGUGUGUGUGCGCGUGUAAAAUUGUUGGCUUGGGCAAUUCCUUUAAUCUGAAACCUCAGCGUUGUAAGCAGUAUGGGACGUGUCCUGCCCUGAUCUGUUUUUACACCUCCAGUGCCAUGUGCAUACAAGUCUUCGGGCUUAAUGCUCUGACGCAAAAGAGGAAUCGAAGGAGCAAAGAUGACCCAGCUCGUUUUCAGACACUGGCGUUGAUUUGCUUAUCCGGAAAGGAAGGGUGAAUUGGUCCGGUCAUGAUGGAAUUGCAAUGGACUGUACUUUUAGUAUUAAUUUGCUGGUAAUUCUGUAUUUAGUAUUAAAUUAGCUGGAUAUGUACAGGAGACGGGUGCAGGUCACUGGCAAAUGAACGGGCGGUGUACCAGGGCGCAUCUGAAGUGGCCCCUACCAAAGGGGGGAUAUGCAAAAGUAUAGAUGUGGGGCACCCCUGCUGAUGGGCUGUUGUGCACCUGCCUUGCAUUUUAAUAGGGUUAGCACUGGGGCAGCGUCUGAUGGGUCAUGCCCAAUUACUGGCAGAUGAACCCUUUUGCAUUGGGAAAAAAAAAGCUGCUAAAAGUUUUAGCCUUUUUGAAAAUAAAGCUCAUAAAAAAACA